UUUUGCCUUAAUUGCCAGGGGGACAAAGGUGCGAUGGGAAUCCCUGGGCGGCCGGGUGCUCCAGGAGAAGCUGGCAUGUCUAUCAUUGGGCCCCGUGGUCCACCCGGCCAGCCUGGAACAAGAGGUUUUCCUGGAUUCCCGGGCCCUAUUGGCUUGGAUGGCAAACCGGGCCAUCCUGGACAGAAGGGAGAGAUGGGUGCUGCAGGUCCCAGGGGACAACCUGGACCCCCAGGACAAAAAGGAGAGAAGGGUCAGUGUGCAGAGUACCCGCACAGGCUGUUGCCUCUCCUCAAUUCCGUGCGGCUGGCUCCACCUCCGGUCAUAAAGAGACGCACUUUCCAGGGUGAACAAGGACAAGCAGGGAUCCAAGGUCCCCCGGGGCCCCCUGGUCCUCCAGGGCCCGCUGGACCAGCCGGACCCGAAGGAAUCCCAGGACGUCCUGGGCCGGUUGGACCCCCUGGCAGAGCGGGAGAGCCUGGAAAGCCUGGCAGAGAUGGAAAGGGCUUACCUGGGCCUCCUGGACCAAAGGGAGACACUGGGAUUCAGGGGUACCCUGGCAGAAAGGGUGAGGUGGGCGAGUCAGGCCUGCCCGGUGCCCGUGGCCUCCCUGGAGCCUCUGGCCCCAAGGGUGAAAAAGGGGAUGCUGGCAUAAAGGGGGAGAGAGGCAUGCCAGGGCUGCCAGGAAGACAUGGCUCUAAGGGCGCUCCUGGGGUGGCCGCCGCAGGGAUGAAGGGUGAGCCUGGGACUCCAGGAGAAAAGGGAGAUUCUGGAGUGCCAGGGAGGCUGGGCCCCCCAGGUUUGCCAGGGAAGAGGGGGCAGCGGGGUGAGAAGGGACGAGCUGGUGACCCUGGGCUUCCUGGACUCCCUGGCCCAAAGGGAGAGAAGGGAAUUGCUGAGAAUGCCUUGGUGGGAGCUAGAGGAGAACCUGGCCCUCCAGGUCUGCCUGGACCCCCUGGACCAAAGGGAGAAGCUGGUGAGGUUGGUCAGCCUGGUGCUGCAGGAUCACAGGGAGAGAAGGGGGAACGUGGUUCACCAGGAGACCAGGGACCCAUGGGCCCCAGGGGCCCCAAAGGAGAGCCUGGGAAGGAUGAAAUGAUGGACUAUGAUGGGAACAUCAGUGAAGCUCUCCAGGAAAUAAGAACUUUGGCCUUGAUGGGACCCCCAGGACGUCCAGGUGUGGCUGGACCUCCAGGGCCACCAGGACAGAAGGGUGAAAUUGGCUUGCCAGGUCCUCCAGGCCACGAUGGAGAAAAGGGACCACGUGGCAAACCUGGAGAAAUGGGCCCCCCUGGCCCUCAUGGACUGCCAGGAAAGGAUGGACCCCCUGGGAUGAAGGGAGAGCCAGGCCCUGCUGGGGUCAGAGGAGAAAAGGGGGACAAGGGAGAGCCAGGACAAGCAGGCUCACCGGGUCUAGAUGGCCCCAGUGGAGAGAAAGGUGAACAAGGUGACCAAGGGAUACCAGGACCAUCAGGAUUGCCAGGGCCCAUUGGACUUCCAGGACUGACAAUAUCUGGGCCCCCUGGACCCCAAGGCCCUCCAGGACCUCCAGGUCUUCAGGGUGUUCCUGGACCCAAGGGGGAAGCAGGGAUUGAUGGAGUGAAAGGAGAGAAGGGUGCCCAGGGUGAAAAAGGAGACAGAGGGCCACUGGGAUUACCCGGUGCUUCAGGUUUAGACGGCAGGCCUGGCCCACCGGGUAUUCCAGGACCAAUUGGGGUUUCGGGACCAGCAGGACCAAAAGGAGAAAGGGGCAGUAAAGGAGAUCCUGGAGUUGCAGGACCAAUGGGGCCAGCAGGGCUUCCUGGUUUACAAGGCCUACCUGGUGACAAGGGAGUCCGGGGGGAGAGGGGCAAGAAAGGCUCUAGAGGGUCUAAAGGGGAUAAGGGAGACCAAGGAGCACCUGGAUUAGAUGCACCCUGUCCGUUGGGGGAAGAUGGCCUUCCAGUUCAAGGCUGCUGGAAUAAGUGAUGAUUCUAACCCUGGACUGACCUGUGUGUGUUACUGUACAUAGAAUAUUUAUUUUUAUACGGUGUUCUUCUCUGAAAUGCCAAAAGUUAUGCAUUUUUACAAAUUAUCAGAAAGUGGCAUAUUUUUUUUGUACAGAAAAUACUAGAUCUCCCUUUUUUCCCAUUUGUCAGUUCUCAGUAUGAUUCUAUGUCUGCAUUAUGCUUGUUUUGUCAUGGAGUACAGCUGUAAUAUUUACAUGGUAUUUGUGCACACAUGAUGAAUAUAGGAACUUAAUAAAUUAUUGCAUUAAAAGUGCCCAAAGGAACUGCCCUGUAUAGAUUCAAAGGUCAUUUUCAUUUUUCAAGCUGGAUCAUUCAAGAAUAUUUCAAAAUAUUAUGUAUUUUUUAUUAAAGUGAAAUAUUAACACUUC